AUGAAGAAGCAGAAUGAGGAGCCCAGUGAGUUCGAUGACGAUUGGACGAAGAAUUUGGAUCAGUUACGGCUGAAGUUCGGAGACAUUGCAGAACUGAAGGAACAGUUGUACAAAUUAAGGAGAGAACUUAAAUCGGAUCAAGAAUCUGUGGCCUUGGAGCUGAAUCACCAGAUUGAGCUUCAGACACGGGUCACGGGCAAUAAGAAAAUGGUCAAAGCAAAGUAUCUGCAGCUUAUAUUAGAACUUGCAGCGCAACAGUUGAGUACUUUUGAUGCGCAGCUGGAGAUUUUUGAUCGUGCGCAGGUCAGUAUCAGUGAUCUACUGAAAGAACCAGUAGAUCAGGAACUAAGAGACGAAACUGACUCAGAUAUAGAAAUCAGAAUGCAGAACACCAAAGCAAAAAAAGAAUCAACACUGAGUUAUCAGAUUGGGGGCGGAGCAGAGGAUUCAAAGAAGACGACUGAGAAAGAUGAAUUGAAGCUGAUACGGUCCACCAUUGCUGGGGUUACUGGAGAUUUUUCAGCAGUAGGGAGACAAACAAGGCCUGAACUGGGUUACAAAGUUUAG